ACAUUAUUCAGUCUGGGCAAUGCUCAAAAAUUUAAUGUAACGUGUAAAGAGUGUAAUCAUAUAUAUGACAUAGCACAGACACAGAUGAAAAGGAAAGCUAAUCAAGGAAAUAUAUUUCAAAGUGUUGUAACCUGUGGUUCCACGUCUCCGUACUUCCCGUGUUGGUAAUCAUGGUGGUUCAAGAAGAUACGUGUGCAGAAAAUAAAUUUGAAAAUCAUGAAGAAUUUGUUGAUUCCCAGUCAGAAUCAGAACCAGCAUUUACAAUUGAAAUUCUCAAAAUAAUUAAAGAAGCUCAACAACAACAUGGAUUACGCCAUAGUGACUAUCAAAGAUACAGGGGAUAUUGUUCUCGUCGGAUCCGAAGACUCAGGAAAGUUUUACAUGUCACACAAGGGGACAAAAGACAUUUUAAGAGAAAGGAUGUUACAGAGGCCAUGCUGAAGGAUGAAAGGUACCUAUACAUACCUCUGAUGAUAGCAGAAAGAGCCUGGAGUUAUGCCAUGCAACUGCGCCAGGAAGCCAACACAGAGCCAAGGAAGAGAUUCCAUCUCAUCUCACGCUUGCGUAAGGCAACCACAAAUGCUCUGCAUUUGCAGACACUUUGUGAGAGUAGCAAGUGUGAUGCUCGCACCAAGUUGGAGGCGCAGGCUUAUGUGGCAUGGAUCCAUGGCUCCCUUCAUUUUGAACUCCAGAUGUGGAUGCCUGCAAUGGAAAAUCUGAAGAAGGCACAAAUGGUUUAUGAAAAACUAGCGCUUGCCCUUCCAGAAGAUGAGCAGCCAGUGUACAAAUCUCGUGUUGAGGAAUUGGCCCCUAGCCUCCGCUUCUGUGCCUAUAAUAUUGGAGAUGAAAGUGCCAUUGAUGAUUUGCUACAAAUGAGAGGUCAUGGCCAAGGAGAUCUUCUUGCCAAUUUGGAUUCACUGAUGGUGCAGACACAGCGUCGAUCAGAAAUUCUUUGUGAUGUAGAAUGGCGUGGCCAUGCUAUUCCUGUGCGACCAGAGCGUGUAAGGGGUUUCCUGUUAUCACAGCAGCAACUGGACACAUCACUGGCACGAUCUGCAGACACUGCAUCAAAGAUUACACUGCUGGAGACACUUCUUAUGGACUGUAAGGAUGCAAUUGCUGCUGUCAGGGAUGAAUUGAAGGCAGAUCCAAACACUAAGGCUCGUACAGUUGGAACACCACUCACUCCACUUCAGCAUUUAUUAUCCUAUCUGACGCAUAUUCGCCUCACACGAACCAUUCAGCGCAAUCUGCUGAUGGUGGAAUCUGCACAGGCUGCUCUGUCUGACAAGAAUGAGGGUGGAGGGGAAGGACGCAGGACUCGUCCACAAGAUCUGACUCGUUUGUAUGAGAUCAUCCUGCAGAAUUAUGGCGAGAUGCAGCUGUUAACUGGCCUGGAGGAUGACCUGCAAUAUCAGCAGGAGAUUGAGACAAAAAUCAAGGCCUACCGUGCCUUUAGAUGUUUCUACAUCGCCCAGAGCCUUAUAGGAUUUCAGCGGUGGCGUGAGGGCAUGGCACUAUACCAGCGUGCUGAGCAGUAUGUGAAAGAGGCCCUUGAAGCCAGCAAUGCCUCAGUCGCCCUAGAGAGCAAGUUAUGUACCCAGCUACAAACUCUUCAGCAUGACAUGGAGCGACAGUUGUUCUCAGCGCAUGCCCAUAGUGUGUUGGAGGGUGAGGGACUACAGGAUGAGGAAACUGGAUCUGCCCAAGUUGGCACAAAGACUAACUACAGAAGCAAGAAACCGCUGUACGAACGACUGGGGGAAUACAGGGAAGAUUCAUCAUUAGUAUCUCGCACGCCCAGUGUGUAUAAACUACCACCUGAGAUGCAACCCAUACCAUGUAAACCUUUAUUUUUUGACCUGGCAUUCAACUUUGUAGAAUUUCCUUCAUUAGAGGACAAAAUAGAAGCAGCAGCUGGAGGAAAGAAGGGAGGAGCUGGACUCACAGGCUUUGUGAAGGGUUUGUGGGGGUGGGGAGGCUCUGGCAAGAAGUAAAAGGGUGUGAGUUUUAUUCCACCAUCAGAGUUGGCUGAAAUCUUUGCUGAGUGUCCUGAGCAAGUAUUGCAAACUAUGCAACACAGUGUAGUCACUCUUCUCAAAUUUUGGCAAACCUAAGAUGAAAAUUAUAUUUAUGUAGAUGUAUUUUAUUGAUUGGUGCAGAAAUGAAAACUAGUCAGUAAUAAAAUUGUUUCUGUUCUAACUGAAUGUAUUGUGUAUUAACUCUUAAUACUCUAUUAAGAUGUUUGCAUUUUCUUACAGAAUGAUUUAACUAAGGAUGUGGGCUAAAAGUACUGUAUACACCUUCAUUUAAUGGUCCAUGCAUAUAAUUUUCAUCUUGGGUUAUAUGUUUCUCAGGAAGAAGGAUAAAGCAUACAAUUCAGAUAGGAAGAGAGAUGGUUAUUUAUUGAGUUGACUAUGUUUGCAUGUUUUUUAAGAGCUUGGGAGGUCUUAUUUGUACAAUAUUACAUUAAUAAAUAUCUUCAUAUUAGUUUUUCUCGUGAGAAAUAAUGGUAACUGGAAUGUACUUCAGUUAACUUCUUACAGUAUUUAUUUACAUGCAAAUAACAUUUUGUUUUAUAAAUUCCUUGUAAUCUAUGGACUUGUGAUGGGGAGUGUAAAUUCCACCAUUCCUAAACAAAAUUUGCAUUGGUAAUUGUAAAAAUCCCUAAUCAAAAGAGAUACAUACAUUGUCAACAGCAGUAAUGAUAUAUUAUUGGAAUUUUAAUAAAAUUAAUUAAUAUUGGCUGAUAGUAGGAUAUUGCAAUUGAUUCAAGUAUAUGGCAUAAUUCUGUAGUAUGUCAUUGGUGUGGUGUGGGUAGGGUUGAAUAAGGUGGUUUUGAUUUUAAAAAGAGGUAUCAUAAGAUGUUUUAGUUUGAGCAAACUAAAAUGCACUAUAUGCUUAUUUUUUAUAAUAUUGGAAUGUAAGAAGUUGUAUAAAUACUUAUACACUUUUGCAUAAAAAUAGGUAACACUUUAUCUUUUUGUACAUGCAAUAAAAGUUACAUUAAAUAUUAUGUGAAUGCUA